AUGAUUCUUUCGUUGCUAAGCAUUCUAGUUCUUCUGGCCGGGGCGUUUGGUUUAGAGGAUCAGCACGAGCUGGAAAACGGUAAGGCGUUCCAGACGUGCGCGUAUGUUGCCAAUUACGAAAAUUCGCGGUUGUUUUUCAUUUCGCAACACCUCACCCCCGAGAUUACCAUCCAAUUCCAAGACGUCCCGGAGGCUUCCAUCGACACGCUGAUCAUUGCUGGACAAGAUUUGGAGCAAGUGAAGUUGGACCCGCCUCCUGCAAUCAAGGUCUGUGACGAAAGCUCAAUCAAAAAGGAAUUGUGUACUUACCCAUCUGCUGAAGAGCUUGAUAAACGGAUACCACUUAGCGAAUUCAUAGAUGCCGACAAACACAGCUUCCCGCUAGAACAUUACAAUUUCGUGCCAUCUGAGGAAACUGACCGCCAACACGUUUUUGAAGUUAAAGACACCUCUAUUUACUGUGUUGUGUUUAUCGCCUCAAACAUUCCAGAAGACGUUGGCAAGAUUAGCGUGGUUGUGGACUGGAAACAGAGCUUCGGUAACCUGCUGGUGUCGGACUACCACUUCCUGUACUGGGACUUUACUCUGUUUUUGCUGUACGCGUCGCUUUUUGGUCUCUUUGUCGCGUAUCUUUAUCGGAAAGUGCGUCUCGACAAGACCAAUGCUGUUACCUCCACUAAUGUUUGGCUCAGAAACUUCACCUUGCAGCUCAAGCUGCUGUUCUUUAUUGCUGGUACGUCUGUGGCGUUCUUGGAGUCCGUCACUGUUCUGGCUCUUUUGAACAAACACGGCUACGGUUACUAUUCGAGCCUCACGGUGGUGUUUUUGGACGUGUUUUCGCUCACGUUCACGGCUAUUUUCACGGUUUGGAUCGUGUACAACUGUUUGGUCAUCUCUUCUGGAUUCCUCUUCUUCAGCAACCUCAAGGACGCUAAGAGAUACAAGGUGUUCCGCAUUGUGUCAGCUGUCCUGCUCCUUCAAUUGCUGCUAUACUCAAUGGAGGAAGCAACCGUGUUUUCCAUUCUGGGAGGAAAAGCUUCUUUCCUUGGGAGUCUGAUCUUCUUCGAGCUGGUUUUGGUGUACUUUGCAUGCUGCUACUACGCGUUCAACACCUAUAAGCAGCUGAAAAACCAAUCAUUGCGGCUCAAACUCGUCACAACAUACGUUCUGCUUACCGUCAUGAGUCUUGUUGAGUUUGCUAUGCGCAUCAGAGUCAACUACGACUUCGGCAACAAUUUACUGUUAGAAAUGGCCACAAACACCACCAUCGUCUACACUCUGAACUAUGUCAUCACGGUGGCUAUUGUGCUGGUGUGGAAGGACGUGAGCUUGCAAAACGGUGAGCUUCUACCGAAAUAG